CAUUCCACAACCUCUCACAACGAAUAAGCACAGGAAAUCCUUUCCUUUUUUGAAAAAUCUGGAAUAAUUAUCAUUGGUGUUAUUCUCAUGUAUCUAUGCGUAUGCAAGCAAAACACCCUAAACGCCGACGCUACCUAUCGCCACGCGAAAAACAGACUAUACAAUCUUUUUCUUCCUUGCUCCGUCUAAAGCAAACUCCCAGCAAUGCACUCCUUUCAAAUCCCCCAAUGAACCGACUAAGCGUCGGGCCUGUCAUUAUAUCUACAUUUCCGUCGACGUCGUCACUCAUCAGUUCAUCAAGUCAUCACCAUGGAUCAAUUGCCCUUCCAACCCAUCCUAAGGAGCUCGAUAUUUCGCGGGGGGCGGAGGCAUGGGUGUAUUUACCAUCCCGACAUUAUUCCUCCCCAGCGUCCGGUCACUACUCCCAUCCUCAAGUCUACGUUCCCGAUCAUGCAUAUUGAUUUCCGCGGUUGCGAGUCCAUCAUUCUGUUCUAUCGACAUUACAGUGCGACCAUUCCCCUUCGUAAAGCGCUGACUCUUGUCUUUCGUUCGCAAUGCAGGGAUGAGGUCGACGAAAAAUGACAUAACGUAAAAGGUGAAGACAAAUGCUACAGUCCACUCGAGGAUAGCUGCCAUAUCGUAUUUCUUCGUUUUCUGGGUGACGGCAAAGGCGAUUGCGAGUCCGACUUCGAUAAGAAUGAAGGCUAAUUUGAUCCAGAAUGAAUACCGGAGGAUUUUGUGUUGUCGAUAGUCUGGUAUAUGUAUCAGUAAAGGCUGACUUGGAAGGGAUAGAGGAGGGAAGACGUACGUAUUCCAAGUCUUUGAUACUCCCAGCAAAUGAAAACUGCCGAGACGAUAUAUCCAAAAAUAAAGAGGACAAGGAAAAGAUCAUGUAGUUGCGGAUGUCUCAACGUGUCAAACACGCUCAAGCAAAUCAACCCAAUCGUGCCGACAAUGGCAAAGAUCACACUUAAUACACUCAAAAUCUUCUCCGUUCUCGAGUAAUUCCUGGCUAAUCUUCCCUUAUACCUGAGAACGAUCUCGGAUAUGAAUGAGGCGUCGAGGAAAAUAGAUGUUAAAACGCAGCCGGUGACGAAGAGUGGUUUGAGGGAUUGCGCGCCGACGUCGGAAAUGUAGGCUAUUGUCUGGGUUGGAUCCAUAGAUUGAUAUUGGGGUCUGCCCGAUGUGGUCCAGUGGAUUAGGAGACCCAUUAGUGUUCCGAGCCAUACUAGACUGGAAAAGACUGGAAGCAUCUACACAAUGGUAAGUACUUGUAUAUAAGUAUAUUUUUUCCAUGGUGUUGUUGUGAUGCAAACACGACGUACCCAGUAUGAUAACCCCAACAUGACGACGAGGAUUGAUUGGACAAUUCGUGAGUCGUGGAGAAGCUGAACGUGAAGCUCAGAUCAGGCGGUCAUAGGAUGCUCUCUUGAGGGUAUGCAGGGGUGAUAUUGCUGGUAGUGAAUGGCGAAAGAGGGAGAUGGGCAAUGGAAUUGGAAACGAAAGAGUACUUGCGUACCAGUAUUAACCUUAAAGAAUGAAACGGAUUCGCACAGAAGCAAAACUGCGGCAACCUCGGAUUUCUCCAGCCACAAGUGUUGACGCAACGUCAAGACUGGGAAGAAUGAUGUGGCCCAACCAUUUCCAGCUUGAAAAUGGAUGGAGGAGCAAGGUCUGCAUCAAAAACUACGGAGCUACCAAGGAGACUGGCUGAUUCAAGCUACCAAGCCAAGCGCCGCCACCACGUCAUGGAGAUCAUAUGACGUCGGAUGCUUGUGCGCUGAGGUGUGCUGUGCUGUGCGUGCUGUGCUGUGCGUGCUGUGCUGUUGAAGGGGAAGGAGCGGUUCGGAGAUUCGGAGAUAAGGAUUCUGCAGAUUCUAGACUUCGGUGGCUGUGUGAGAAACUACGAGUAUUGUGGCUAAUCUAUUGUCCUCAUAUAUCGGGCAGUACCUCAGGCCGCAAUCUCUUCAUAGCAUUCGCAGCCUUGUCUUGGUGGAGCUUCAACUUCAGCCUGGUUGAUUGUUUUGGAGAGGUCGGUUAGUGUCCUUCAAGACUAGGUAGGCCUGACCCUCACAACAACCCAUUGGGAACACCACACCAGUUAUUCAAUGGCAUAGCUCCAGGUCUGGUAUCUGAAGGCAAAUUAGGUAUCCCUAACCUACAGGAAAUCAACAAUGGCACUCUCCCCCCUUGUUGUGCCUGGUUCUGCUUCUGGGGAGAGGACUGCUGCAACAGCCAAAUCUAAACUCCAAGCAGCAUCUGCAGUAACUUCCUCUUCUGGCACACCCAACCCAAAUAAUGGCCCGCCACCCGGAUCCGGAGGAGCCGAUCUGGCGGAACAAAUGAAUGAGGAUGAAAAACAGAAAUACAUCAAAGGUAACUUACCAGCAUUCCAACCUCACCACCCCUCCAAUGGCUCUCUAACAAUUCCACACAGGCAAAAAGCUAGGAGAAGGAACCUAUGCUAUAGUAUACCUCGGCCACGUCAAAUCCGACCCCUCCAAACUCGUCGCUAUAAAAAAGAUUAAAAUCCAAGAAGACUACAAAGAAGGCCUCGCCCCCGAUGCAGUCCGCGAACUCAAACACCUCCAAGAACUCUCCCACCCCAACAUCAUCUCCCUCCUCUCCGUCUUCUCCUCUCGGGACCAAAACCUCAAUCUUGUCCUCGAAUACCUGCCCCUCGGCGACCUCGAAAUGUUGAUCAAGGACAUCGAAGGAGUACGCUACGGAGCGGCCGAUAUAAAAGCUUGGAUGGGAAUGCUAGGCCGAGCAAUCUGGUUCUGCCACGAGAACUUCGUGCUCCACCGCGAUAUCAAGCCCAACAACUUGCUGAUCGCGGCGGAUGGGGGGAUCAAACUCGCAGAUUUCGGUCUCGCGAGGAGUUUUGCGGAUCCAUACCGAGUGAUGUCGAAUAUGGUAAUCACACGCUGGUAUCGACCACCAGAGUUGCUAUUCGGAGCACGAUCCUAUUCCGGCGCCGUAGACAUCUGGUCCAUAGGUCUCGUCUUCGCAGAACUCGUGAUUCGAAAUCCCUAUCUCCCAGGCGACACAGAAGUCGAUCAAAUCUCCAAAAUCUGCGCUCUGGUCGGAACACCUACCGAAGAAAACUGGCCUGGCGUCUCAAAACUCGAACACUACGCCGUCCCCGCACCAGCUACACCAAUCCAACCUGUUGCCCACUACAACUCGAUGUUCGGGACCGCAGGUGCCGAAGGCGUCGAUCUACUGAUGAAGAUGCUUAUCCUGGACCCCAGGAAAAGAAUUACAGCACGACAGAUAUUAGAACAUGGCUGGUGGAAGAGUGAACCUAAACCAACAAAGAAGCAGAAUUUACCAAAGAAGGGUGGAGGUUUGGAAAAGCUUGGGGAGGAUCUGAAGAGGGGACCUGGGGUUUUGGAUGAUGAGCGGGGCACGAAGGUUGCGAGAAAAUUGGAUUUUGGGAGUAUGAAGUGAUGAAGUGAUGAGGAUACUCGGGGCGUACUAGGCGCAUGGAAGUGAGCAUAAAAAUGGCGUUUACAAGAUAGGAAUUUACUGAGUUCAUGUUUCUCCUCG